UCAAGGCAGACAAAGAGGUUUCGAGAUCCUGAAGAAAUGAAAGAGCAGGAUGUCCCGGCAUCUGUUGGUUUACUCGACCUGUUCCGCUUCUCCACCCCCGUCGAGAAAGUUUUGAUGAUAGUCGGUCUCAUCUUGUCGGCGGCAUGUGGUGCAGCUCAACCUCUCAUGACGCUCAUCUUCGGUCGACUCACCUCGUCUUUCACCUCCUACGCUAUUGCACUCAAUCAAGUCGCACAAUACGGGAACACUCCGGAAACCGCUGCUGCCAUUGAAGCGUCUCAACAUCGACUCAGAACCGACUCGGGGCGUGAUGCUCUCUACCUCCUCGCGAUGGGUUUGGGAACUUUCAUCUGUACAUGGGUGUUCAUGUUCAUAUGGAAUUACACGGGCGAACUUAGUACAAAACGACUGCGGGAGGAGUACGUUCGAGCGGUUCUGCGACAAGAAAUCGCCUACUUUGACGAUGUCGGUGCUGGGGAAGUUUCUACCCGUAUUCAAACGGACUGUGACCUGGUUCAAGACGGUAGCUCGGAGCGUGUCGCGCUCGUUGUUCAAUACCUCAGUACCUUCAUCACCGGUUACGUUCUCGCUAUUGUUCGAAGCUGGCGCCUCGCCCUCGCCCUUGCCAGUAUCCUAAUUGUACUCAUGGCCUCGGGAACCUACAUGAUGAUGGUCAUGACGAAAUACAGCACUGUCUCUCUUGAGGCCAUUGCCAAGGCGGGCUCGCUUGCCGAAGAGAUUAUCGGCUCAAUCCGAACGGUUCACGCUUUCAGCACGGGAUCCACCCUGAGGAGGAGAUUUGACGGACACAUACAGAGUAGUCGACGGGCAGGAAGGUCGGAUGCUCUUGUGGAAUCAGCUGGUGUUGGAGUGAUGAUCUUUUCCAUCUGGUCCGCCUAUGCCCUCGCUUUCUUUUACGGCGGCAUUUUGGUUGUACAAGGUCGAGCCAACUCGGGAAUCGUAGUCACAGUCAUCAUGUCUAUCCUCAUCGGGUCGUUUUCCAUGGCGAACAUGACGUCCGAGAUGAUGGCAGUGUCAAAAGCCCAAGGGGCUGCUGCCAAACUGUACGCCACUAUCGACCGGAAACCAGCCAUUGAUUCUUCUGAUACAAGUGGGCAUCGACCGAACCAUAUCGACGGGACUAUCAGUUUUGAAGGGGUCAACUUUCAUUACCCCUCUCGACCAGACGUGCCGAUCUUGAAAGACUUCAGCCUGACUCUCCAAGCCGGUCACAAAAUCGCCCUAGUCGGCUCAAGCGGUAGCGGAAAGAGUACUGUCGUCUCCCUCAUUGAACGUUUCUACGAUACUGUGGAAGGCGUCAUCCGACUCGACGGCCAUGACUUGAGAAGUUUGAACCUGAAGUGGCUUCGCAGACAGAUCGGACUUGUGCAACAGGAACCCACUCUCUUUGCGACUUCUGUCAGGGCCAACGUCGAGCAUGGUUUGAUUGGUACUCAGUGGGAGGACUCUUCUCAAGAGGAGAAACGCAAACUUGUCGAACGUGCAUGCAGAGACGCAAACGCGCACGAUUUCAUUUUGAAGCUUCCAAAUGGAUACGAAACGAUUGUGGGCGAACAUGGGAAACUUCUUUCUGGUGGUCAGAAGCAACGGGUCGCUAUCGCUCGUGCUAUUGUAUCCGAUCCGCGGAUCCUACUCUUUGACGAGGCCACCUCAGCUUUGGAUACGAAAUCAGAAGGAAUAGUACAGGAUGCUCUUGAUAAAGCCGCUCGGGGACGAACGACUAUGACUGUGGCUCAUAGACUCUCCACCAUCAAGGAUGCAGAUCUCAUCAUCGUCAUGGGGGAUGGACAGAUCCUGGAACAAGGAACACACGACACACUACUUCAAGACGUCUUCGGACCGUAUGCCCAACUUGUAGCCACUCAAAACCUGAAUAAGGCGAAUGACGAUCAAGACCCCGGAAAGAAAAUGAAACACCUCAAUAUCAUCGAUAGCCAAUCGUCUAGUGAUCUCGGCAACCCCUAUUAUCCAUUCCAACCUGAGAUGAGUGGCACAGAGGAUACCUUGGAAGGGGAGAAGCAAGGCAUGAUUCGGCGGCUGGAUGAUGUUGGACAGAGAGUUACUCCGGCCAGGAAGCUCUACCAUCGCUUACUCCGUAUCAACUCUGAAGAUCGUUGGAUUUAUCUCUUGGCAACUUUUGGGUCAGCCUGCGCAGGGGUCGUGUAUCCAGCAAUGGCCAUUGUCUUUGGGAGAGCCCUUCAAGCAUUCCAGAGCUCAGACGUACAUUUGCUCAAACAUGAGCUCACGAAUAACGCACGAUACUAUUUCAUUACCAGUCUCCUUGCUGGGCUAUCUAUCUACCUCCAGAUCAUGGGCUUUUCAUGGACCGGGGCGAACCUCAAAGCAAAGCUGCAAUCUCGACUCUUCACCGCAGUUGUCCAGCACGAUGUUGCAUGGUUUGAUGAGGAACAAAACUCUACCGGCGCGGUCACCUCUGAUAUCACCGGAUUACCGCAACGAAUCGAAGGUCUCUUUGGCACCACUCUUGGGUCAAUCGUUCAGACCAUAGCUACCGUCAUCAGUGGUUGUGUGAUCGGCUUAGCGUAUGGCCCUCUCCUUGCUCUGAUCGGAAUUGCUUGUAUCCCAUUGUUACUCGCAGAGGGUUAUAUAAGUCUCAAGAUUGUAGUACUUAAAGACGCCAAGAUACAGAAACUUCAUGCGCCUGCCUCCCAUCUGGCCGCCGAGGCAGCGGGAAACAUUAGGACCAUUGCAUCAUUGACCCGAGAAGACGAAGUGAACGAGAUGUAUUCGAAAUCGUUGGAAGGACCACGAAACGUCGCGAUUCGCUCUUCGAUUCCUUCACAAGCUCUGUACGCCGCUAGUAAAGGUAUCAGCUUUCUCAUAAUCUCCCUCGUAUUUUACGUCGGUGCGUUGUGGAUCAUAUCGAAUAGAUACUCGACGGCGGAAUUCUUCACCGUUCUCAUGGCCGUCAUCUUUGCUAGUAUUCAAUCCGCCAAUAUAUUCACCUUUGUUCCAGACGCGACGAAGGCCAACGGCGCGGCAAAGAAAACCUUUCAACUUCUUGAUGAGGUACCGGCGAUUGAUACGCUAUUGGGCCAAGGUAUACAUCUGGAUGAGACUAAACCCAAUGGUUAUAUUCGACUUGAAGGUGUACAUUUCCGAUAUCCCUCCCGACCCGAGAUUCAGGUGCUCUGGGACCUCACUUUAGAUAUCCCACAAGGUUCCUAUGUGGCUAUCGUUGGACCUUCGGGUUGCGGUAAAUCCACCAUUAUCCAACUUUUAGAACGAUUCUAUGACCCGCUUGUUGGUCGAAUCACAAUGGACGGUGUUGAUAUUCGACGACUGAGCAUCUUGGACUAUCGAGCACAAAUGUCGCUCGUCUCUCAGGAACCUACGCUCUACUCCGGUUCCAUACGGUUCAACAUCCUUCUCGGUGCUAACAAACCAAUAGAUCAAGUUAGUGAGGAAGAGCUCGUUUCCGCUUGUAAGGAUGCCAACAUUUACGACUUCAUCAUGUCUCUUCCUGAUGGGUUUGACACGGAAGUAGGUCGAUCUGGCUCGCAGUUGUCAGGUGGUCAGAAACAACGUAUCGCCAUCGCUCGAGCUUUGGUAAGGAACCCGAAGAUCUUGUUACUGGACGAAGCUACCUCUGCACUUGAUUCACAGUCCGAAAGGGUGGUGCAAGAAGCGUUAGAUCGGGCUGCUAAAGGUCGGACCACUAUAGCUAUUGCCCAUAGGUUAUCGACCAUCCAAAAGGCUGAUAUCAUAUACUGCCUCGCCGGUGGUCAAGUAGUGGAGAAAGGGACGCAUGACGAGUUGUUAGCUAGACGGGGUACUUAUUACGAAUUGGUGCAGUUACAAAAUCUAAGUAGGAGAUGAAUACGCCCGGCAGAUCAGGACAAACAUGCAGAUACGGGUUAUUUAGCUUACU